AUGGAUCCCAUCAAGGCGGACAACAUCUUCUAUCACAAUCUACUGAUCAAAAAAUUUCAUCUUGUGCUUCACCUCGCUCAGUGCGUCAGUUUUCUGCCCUACCCAUCCUACGUUCUACGGCAAGCCCUAGAUAAUCGCCUUGGUGUUUGCACUUGGAUACUGCGUCUUUUGAACGGUACACUGGCCGUCCUAAUUUUUAGUAUCUCUUUACUCUGCUACCUCGCCCUGUACAUUUACUAUCCGGAGCUGGUGUACAAGGGGACCCUGCCGGCGGUUCUACAAAUUAUGUAUCAUGUGGAAAAUUGGUUGCGAGUGUUGCUGGUCCUGGUAGCAUUGGUUGGACCGAGGCGUAGUGCACGAUUCGCUCGCGAAACGAUCGACACACUGGUGCACAUAAUGAAGCUAUUCGAUCGUAUGGAGCUGAUGCAAGCCGUACUGGGAGAAACUUCUAUCAUCACCAACCGGCUGUUGCUACUCUACUGCUGCCAUGCGUUGAUCGUUACCGUCACUGUGUGGAUCAGUACCGAACAUCCAAUCUCCACGCUGCUAAACGUGAGCUACCUAGCACCGUACAUUACUAUCGCCAUUUACAUCCUGCUGUAUCAGGCACUGCUAUCAUCGAUUGGUGGAAUUGUGAGAUGCCUCAAUGAUAGUUUGCGUGAUGUUACGCUGUUGGAGAAAAAGCAUCCUGCACGACCGUAUGGAAAGCACACAACAAUCAGUUAUAUAAAGCUGUCGAGUGCGAACCAAGCACAUGACCACCAUGUGACUGUGGCAACUGUCGAGAAAUUAUCGACCCUGCAUAUGGCGCUCAUGUGUUUGACACGAGAUGCAAACAAGCAUUUCGGUGUGCUGAUCCUGAUCAUCUUGCUGUCUACGUUCAUACAAAUCAAUAUGCUCUUGAUCGAACUGUACCACAACAUCGGUCAUCCUACGUUAGAAGAGUACUGUUUGUGGGUUUUAUUCCUGCAUGCCAUCGUACACUUUACAUUCUUCUUUGUAAUUGCAAAAUCGAACCAUUCGAUCCAGCAGCAGGUACCACCAGAUUAGAUCGGAUUGUGUUACAUCCUUGCUAAUGGCGUACAAUUUUUAUUGCAGAAUGAACGCACCUUGCUCCUGUUGCAUGAAUUUAAAUGUUCCUGGAGCAGUGAACAAAACAUGGCGAUUGAACAUUACAUUUCGCAGAUUACCAAUCUGCAGGACGUUCAUCAGGCCUGCGGCAUGAUCAAUUUGGAUAUGAAACUUAUCUCUAACGUUGUUGCUGCGAUAACAUCGAUCAUGGUUGUGCUGAUACAAUUUUCAGAUUCUGGAGAGUAA